UUUUAAAAGAAAAUAUUUUUGCCUUUUAGUAUAAAACUUAUAUAUUGUAAUAUGUCAAAAGAGAAAAAUAACAAACUAAUAAUGAGACACGAGGAGAAUAUUUUACCAGAAUCAUUUUUUUUAAUGAAAUUUUGUGGCCUAUGGCAACCAUAUAAUUUAAAUUUAUUUCAAAAAAUAAUUUAUGAUAUUUAUUCAAUUUUUAUGAUAAUUACCAUAAUAAUAACUGGACUUUCUCUAAUAGGAGUUAUAAUUUCAUCUGAAAAUAUAAAAGAUGCUAUUGUAGAAAAUUCUUUUUUACUUCUUAGUUUUUUUAAUAGUUGGGUUAAAGGAUCAAUUCUUUUACUUCGACAAAGAAAUAUUAAGUCACUAUUAAAAGUAUUAAUGAGAGAACAGUGUCAUCCUACCGAUAUCAUUGAACUAGAAGUUCAGAAAAACUAUGAUAAAGAAUCAAAAAGAAUUACGAUUAUCUACUCAUCUUCAGUGGGUUUAACUGUUGUAUGCAUGUGUUUAGCUGUUAUUUCUAAACAAGGAGAAGAGAGAAUAAAACUUUUAAAUACCUGGCGUCCAUAUAAUUUGACAGUGCCAUUAUAUUUUUGGAUUACAUGGAUUUAUCAAUUUUUGGGAUACAUAGUUUUAGCAAGUGUUCAUUUAGCCAGCGACACUUUAUUACCUGGCUUUAUCAUUCAACUUUGCUGUCAAUUGAAAUUUUUACAAUAUCGAUUAAAUGAAUUUCCAUGUCAAAUUGAAGAAAUUUUAAAUUCUUUUAAAUGUGAUAAGCUCAAAUUAGAAAAGUCAUUUAUAUCAAAAACUAUAAUACAUCAUAAUACAAUAUUUCAAUUUGCAAAACAUCUCAAAAGCACAUUUGUGGAAAUGCUUUUUAUACAAUUUUUAUUAAGUCUAAUUAUCAUUUGCUUUAGUGUAUUUAAAAUUUCCAAAGAAAAUACAGUUAAUUAUGUAAACGUAGUGCCACUUUAUGCUUAUGUCUGUUGUAUGUUGAUGCAACUUUUCAUCUUUUGCUUCUAUGGUAACAAACUAAUGUUAAAUAGUAGUAAUUUGCAAGACACUGUUCUUGGAAUAAACUGGCUUUGCCUUGAAUCAGGAACGAAAAAAAGCCUUAUAAUUUUAAUGAUAUGCUCCACUAAACCCAUUUUAAUUUCUGCUGGUUCAAUGAUGUUUGUCAACUUGGAUUCCUUUGUAAUGAUUCUGAAGGCUUCGUAUUCAGCGUUUAAUGUCUUACAACAUUCUGUAUAACUAUCUUGUUAAUAAUUAUUGAAUUUAUGAGCAAACAAAUUAUGAAAAAUAUAUUUUCAUAUAAAU